CGGGGCGCGUGACCGAGGCGCGAGCGCGCCAACCAAAAGAUAAACAAUCUUUGCAAUAACAGCAAAAUAUCCCUGUGAAGGGAGCCGAUGAUCAUUUGCCAUGGCCUACGGGUUGCCAAGGAAGAAUACUGUGAAAUGGAUUUUGCGUAGAAGUUGUUACACUGUGCAGGAGCCCUGGGAGCUUGCUGCCCUCACGAGGAUCUUGUUCGAGAACCUCCUGAAAAUUAAGGUGCCUCUUUUCGAUGACAUUAAGCAUGCCAGUCUUUCAAAGCUCAAGCCGGUGAAAACGGUCAAGCACGAACAACCUCCUUCGGCCCAAACCCUCGCAAUGGAAAGGGAGUACGAACAGAAAAGAUUAAAGGAAAUUGAACUGCGAAAUAAAAUGGCAGAACAGAUACAGUCGCUUCUAAAAGGCAAGAGAGGCGGUUUGAGAAAACCUCUUCCCCCUGUAUCGUGGCCAGGUCCUUGGGGUCCUAGAGUGACCCAAACCCAGCGUAGACUACGCCUAACCUUCAGAUCAGCACAAUUGAUGACCGAUGAAGGGAUGACCAAUGAAGGGAUGACCAGCCUCUUUACCUGAGAUCUGCUCUGGGCCUUUUCUCUCAUGGACCAUCAGCUGCACCUUCUUAGGGACUGACGUCUGAGUUCCUAAGCAAUAAAAAUUCAGCAGAGAUA